CCAAGUCCUCUAUAUCAACCGACCAUGGUUCUUUUCCUAGAGCCUCGUCUCUUCGAUGCUAAGUCCUAUUCUGGGGGAAUCAGAUCCCUGCGUUGCGGGGGGGAGUAGGUGCCUGGUCAGUCAAUAGCCAUCAUUAAUACUCAAGACAGUGCAACACAGCACUUGGGUUCCUCAAGAGACCCUGAAACGUAUUCAAUCGCACCACUACGAAAAUGGUUGACUCAGCAAACCAAGUACGUCCGAAAGCGGGUUCAGGGCCACAGAACGGGACCUUCUCCUACUUCAAGUACAAUCCCGAGGUCCACGACUAUGAGAAGCCCUUUGAGAUCCUUAUCAACCUUCCUUCCAUCGAGAAUGACCCCGAAAGGUUCAGACGUACAAACCAGCAAUUUGAGGACCGCACCACCGUUGUCGAAGAUGUUAGAGGCAGAGAAGACCAAUUCACCCUCGAUAAGCAGAGCGUCUGCUGGAGGAAAUGGGAAGGUCCAAAAGACUGGGCUGGACUUGGGGCUGACGCUAUUCAAAGCAAAGGCCAUGAUUGGAUUCGAGAUGGUUACAUCAAAGACGUAGAGCAGUUCAUAAAAUUGACACUGGAAAGCCAGGAUGGCAAGCCAAUUGACUUUGUCAAGGUGUUCGACUAUAAGUUGAGAUCGAGCCUGGAUAUGGAGAACUUCCAUUCAAGGACUCUAGACUUGAACAACGGCUUGGACAGGAUGAUACCGGUAACCCAUCCUCACGUUGAUCAGAGUUACAAAGGCGCUAUAACCAGACUCGAGGUACACCUACCCGAAGACGCUGAGCGUCUGAGGAAGACAAGGUUCAGAAUUGUAAACGUUUGGAAACCACUCACGACUGCCACCAACUGGCCGCUGGCAAUAUGCGACUCAAGUACGGUGCGCGAAGAAGACCUCGUCACGACGGAUCUAGUUCGGCGGAAGUAUGUAGGCGAGACGUUCUAUUCGAGAUUUAACCCGAGGCAUAAGUGGUAUUAUCUCUCCAACCAGGAACCCAACGAGGUGACAAUGCUGAAGAUACACGACUCAUCAGUGGAUGCUAGAGUAAGAUUCUGUCUACACUCGUCUUUCAAGAUCGAAGGAGUUGAAGACUGUGGACGGGAGAGCUUUGAAGUGCGGGCCUUUGUAUUUGACAAGGAAGAGUGACACAGAUCUAGGUAGUGAAGCAUGUGCUAGACCAAGCGGGCAUUCUCACUUUAAUCAUUUGUUUUACCUAACUUGAGUCUUCGACCCCC